AUGUCUUGGGAAGGCUUCAAGAAAGCUAUAAACAGAGCUGGAAACAGCGUUAUCAUCAAAAAUGUCGACCGUACUGUCGACAAGGAGUACGACAUUGAGGAACGUCGAUACCGUGUCCUCGAAAAAGCUGGUAAAGAGUUGCAGAAGGAGGCUAAGGGCUACUUGGACUCGCUACGUGCUGUAACCGCAUCCCAGGUCACAAUUGCAGAGGUCAUCUCAAACCUAUACGAUGAUUCCCGUGUAUCGGGCGGUAAUAGCAACUCGCACAACGUGGGGAACUACUAUUUACAGUGCGUGCGCGACUUCGACUCGGAAACAGUAAAGCAAUUGGACGGCCCCUUCCGUGAAACCGUCCUUGAUCCCAUCUCCAAGUUCUCAUCAUACUUCGAGGAGAUCGACGGCGCAAUUAAAAAGCGUGACCACAAAAAGCAGGACUACGACGCCGCCAAAGCCAAAGUACGCCGGCUCGUGGACAAGCCAGCUAAGGACGCCACCAAGUUGCCACGUGCCGAAAAAGAGCUCGCCCUCGCUAAGGAGGUUUUCGAGUCCUUGAACGAACAGCUCAAGACCGAGCUACCUCAGCUCAUCUCGCUACGCGUCCCCUACUACGACCCCAGCUUCGAGGCCCUUGUAAAGAUCCAACUGCGCUUCUGCACCGAGGGCUACACCCGCUUAGCGCAAAUCCAGCAGUACCUAGACCAGCAGUCACGUGACGACUACGCUAACGGUCUGCUGGACGAGCGCAUCGAGCAGCUCCUCCAGCAGAUGACGAAUUUAAAUAUAUGUGCACUGGGCUACAAGUAG